AUGCCACCUCCACACAAUCCCAAGACGCCUUCUCGCCACCGCACUCGCAGCGAAGUCUCUUUGGGAGCAAAGACACCGCUGACCCCAAGUUUGCUUGCUGCGAUGAACAACAUGGCCAUGGCUUCCGGUCCUGGUGUUUUCCCUGGACAGGGCUCACCCGUCAAGAAAUCCAGCACGACACGUGGAUUGACGAGGAAGGCUAGCACGACCAACGCCUAUGACACGACGAACCCGUUCAUUGCCCCUCCAUCGCUGGGCAGCAAGAGUCGACCAGGCAGUCCGACCAAGAAAGGUGGCAGCAUCAAUGAGAAGAAUCUGCAGAAGCAGGCGGGUAGCGGUGUUGUUCGAAAGGGAAGAGCUGAGAGUCGUAUUGAAGUUGUGCAAAUGGAUGGAGCCAAGGUUCAGGAAUUGAAGAGAAGCAAGAGUACAUCAGCUGUGGGCCGACCGGCAGCAGACCAGCGCGAUCGUUUUAUCACCUCUCGCGAUCCUCACGCAAACGAUAUUGCAGCGGUGGCAGCGACUCUCGAACAAAUGUCCUUGAAUCCUCAAGCAAACUCUCCAGGCCAUACUGCUCGUCUUGCGGCAGCGACCGGUGUCCCGCUCAAUCGAAGGAUUCUGGGCUAUCAUGAACCACCGCCGGCAGCCAGUUCGUCGAGUUUGGCGUCUGCGGAUACGGCGCUCAGUCAACAACGCGAGUUUGCGAAACCACUUUACGCGCAGAGACCAGGGGCGAUUGCGAGCAGUACGGGUGCUACGACGAACAAGACGAGGAAUAUCCCUACGCAGCCCGAGAGGGUGUUGGAUGCUCCUGGGAUGGUGGACGAUUUCUAUCUCAACCUUCUCAGCUGGAGUAGCCAAAACUGCGUCGCGGUCGCGUUGGAAGCCAGUACUUACAUCUGGAGGGCGGAUUCUGGAGAGGUUGUGCAGCUUGGAGAGGCGCCUGAAGGCAGUUAUGUUUCGUCGGUUGAUUUUUCGAACGAUGGGAGUUAUUUGGGGGUUGGGAUGGGGACGGGGGAGGUUGAGUUGUGGGAUGUUGAGACGGGCCAAAAGUUGAGGACGAUGGCGGGACAUGUGGGCCAGGUGGGCACGUUGAGCUGGCAUGGACAUAUUUUGAGCUCGGGGUGUGGGGAUGGCAGUAUCUGGCAUCACGAUGUGCGAAUGCCUAGGCACAAGGUGAUGGAGUUGCUGGGACAUACUGGAGAAGUGUGCGGGCUCAAGUGGAGGUCGGAUGGCGAGUUGCUGGCCAGUGGAGGCAAUGAUAACGUUGUCAACAUUUGGGAUGGCAGGGUCGGGGAUGUAGCGGAGGGAGCGAGAGGCAGUGCCAAGUGGACAAAGAGGAAUCAUACUGCUGCGGUCAAGGCGGUUGCAUGGUGCCCUUGGCAGCCGAGUCUUUUGGCGACUGGAGGUGGCACGAACGACGCAACAAUCCAUGUUUGGAAUAGCACGACCGGAGCUCGGCUUCAUACACUCAGGACGCCAUCGCAGAUUACCUCGAUCCAGUGGUCUCCGCACAGGAAGGAGAUCAUGACGACUCACGGGUACCCGACCAACUCGAUCAUGCUUCAUGCCUACCCGAGCAUGGAGCGCGUUGCGGAGAUUCGGGAUGCUCACGACUCUCGAGUGCUUUUCAGUUGUGUCGGGCCUGCAGGAGAUGUAGUGUGCACUGGGGCUGGGGACGAGAAUCUCAAGUUUUGGAGGAUCUGGGAGAUCCAGAACGAGCAGCUCAGCAAGAAGAGGCCUGCUAAGAAGGACCUGUCUGCCGUCGAGGAUCUUGGAGGGGGGAAGAUUAACCCUACAAAGGAGGGUAUUCUGAGCAUUCGUUAG